AUGCCGGCCGCGAGUUUUUUCAUUGUAAUCGUCGCUUGUUUAGCUGGUCAAAUAACGUGCGGUGAACUCGAUCCUGCUUUGAAGAGAUGCCAAGACCAAGAUUUCGAGAAACCGGGAUAUUCGCCGGGCUGCACUUACACCUGCAAGAAUGGGUCAAUGGAAGAUACAACAGAAUAUUGGGGUGAAUAUAGAGAUGCUACCCUGUGCGUUGCUCUUACAAAUGAUAACCUUACACAGUUCACACACAUUGGGUCUUGCAAAAACGGAAAAUGUGUUCAAUAUGCUGAAGAUAACAUUCAAAGGGUAUGGAGCCAACUUCCUGAGUUGCAAAGCGAGUUUCGUAAUUGCGACACCAUUUCAAGCAACGAUUCUGUGGAAAACUGCCUGUAUAUUUGCAAGACAGAUUUGAACGGAUAUUCCUACGGAAUUUACCAGGAUCGUAGCACAUGCAAAGUAAAAAAUGGCGGGCUCGGCAUCUGCUUGAGUGGAUUUUGCCACGGAAAAGAAUACUUUCCGACAACUGAUAACGAUACCCUGAAACUAUUGUAA